AAGUGGGCGGGGUCAGCGCCUUCGCUUAGCUACUCGUGAAAGUUUGCGGAAGUUAAAGCAGCUGAAGUUGAAGAAGUCAGCUGCCUAAAGGCUGAAAUUAGAAAGAGACGUCAUCUCAACCUUGAUAGAUGGACCUCAGUUCAGAGAAAAUACAGCGGAUCCUCUCCAAGGUAAGAUUUUGUCAGAAAUAGGAAUAUUAACGUUUAGAAAAUAGUUCAAUGUUUUGAGCUUUUAUAACUGGUUAAGGUUUGAAUGCCGGCUAACCUGACUAAAGAGCUGCUGCUGUCAUCCUCAACCAACUGGCUCAACCUGCUCAGGCACUUUAUAUAUCCUGGAGAAAUGUAGAUACCACAGAAAUACGGUAGCUAUAAGAAUUAAAAUUCAUACAAUCAUAGAAAUCAACUUUUUCUCCUCAAAACAUUCAGGUGUGUUUAGUAUCUGUAAAUGAAAAAAAGUCACUGUCAUGGGCUGUCUCCCUUCUGUGUGCUUAGAAAAGCUAUAUUCAAAGCACUUAUCUCAUGAUAUUAGUCCAACUCAUAGAAAUAAUGGUAGACCCUUUAUAAAAUGUACUUAACCACAAGUAGAAGUACUGGUUAAUCUGAAGCAUCUGACCUGUGUGUGCCGGACAGCUCACUGUAAUACAAUGACUGAGGUUGUAUAAUUUUCAAGAAGUAUUAUAUUUAUGCUUUCUCUGCAAUCAGUUUAAUGAGUCUGAUUUCCCUCCUUUUGUUUUUAGUACAAAUUCCAUGAUGUUGCUAUUGAGGAGCUCCAGAAAAUCCAUCGGAUCUACCCCGGGAUGAAACCAACAACAGGCACAUACAGUGAGGUUUUUAUUGUGGAUCAUAAUGCUUUUAUUUACCUUUUGAAGACACAUAGGGGAGAGUGGGGUAAGUUGAGCCACCCCCCUGUUGCUUGGAAAUGGUAAAAGAAACUGAUCAUGUGACCAAAUAUUUAGGAGAUGGGCAUCGAUUCAUGGAGUCUGUGAAGGUUAGAAGCACAUGGCUAAAGGGGUUAGACAUUUAUUUACAAAAACACAUUUUUCACUCUUGAAAGUGAAUUUAGUCUGUCAUAAGUUUAACUAGAAUUUUUUUCAGACCAAAAAUUUUAAAUUUGUUUUAUACCUCAAUUGUGGUAUCUAUGAGCUACAACAUGAGGUCACAAACAUAAAAGUCCACCAUUUUAGUUUAGAGGACUAAUAAAGUCAUCAUAGUAGUUCAGGGGUAAGAUGAACCAGUGGUUCAUCUGAGAAAGUAAAGGAGUCUGAUGAGAGGAUCAGAGUUUCAGUUCAGAUUGUUGAAAUGUGUUACUUUUUCUUUUCAAAAAUACAGCUGUGAAUGUUCUGAAUCACUUAAAAGGCAUUCUCAUGUUCAAAUGACUUUUUAAAAAACAGAUUUUUAGCAGUUAUGUGAAAUAAUAAUAAUGUAGCUCACCUCAGCCCCAACGCAUAAAAGGAAUAAUUGUACCAGUUGAAUAGUGUAUAAUAGAUAAAAAUACACAUGAAUGUGAAGAAGUGACUGUUAUUUAGGGAGAGAGAAAGGGAGGAAGAGCUGGGGUGGAGAGUGGGGGGGUAAUAGCUCAACUUACCCCAUACACGGGGUAAGUUGACCAUAGGAGACCACUUUUUUGCAUGCUAUAUUAUCGAGACAGUUCUGUUUACACUCAUUCUGUUGGUUUGCAGGGAUGAACAACAUCCUGAAAUAUAUGCAGAUACACUAAUUAGAGACAAAACUAUGAUUACCUUGAUGUAGUGAUCCCAAAUAUGAAAAAUUGCUCAUCUUAUACUACAUCAAUCUCGUCUAAAGAAUUGAUCAGAAGUGGCUUCUCCGUUUUUUUGAUUUCAGCUUUUAGCGACAGUACCCAAAAGGAUUUGAUUCGACUGAUUGGUAACCUCCCUGUUAAGUAUGAAGGUAAGGUUGACCUCUUACGCUGACAAAAGGGUAACAAUCAUGUCAACAUGAGAUCAUUAUAUUCUGGCACUUACAGAAUCUCUAUCUUCAGGUCGUACUUACAACUUCCCUGUCCUGCUGUGGCUGCUGGAUUCAUUCCCCUUCACUCCUCCCAUUUGCUUCCUAAGACCCACCGCUAACAUGGUCAUCAGAGAGGGCAAACAUGUGGACGCUCGAGGACGGAUCUUCUUGCCUGGGCUGAGCAACUGGGAUCAUGUAUGAUCUUAUACUUUCCACUCGAAAUAUGAAUUGCAUUAAAGGUGCUCUGGCGUAUCCUGAUCUCUUUUUUUUUUUAUCUGGUUCUGAAACAGCCUAAAUCAUCCGUGGCAGGCCUUCUAACUGAAAUGAUUGCAAAGUUUGAAGAGGAUCCUCCACUGUCCGCAAAACCCACAGGAGAGGAUAAAGACCCUCAUGAGCUCCUGGCUUUUGUCUCUAAUUUCAAGAACAAUGAUGGUGCUUUGCUUCAUAAGCAGCUUCGUAUUUUAUGAUCAUCUAUUACAGAAAAAAACUCAUGUCACUUACAGCUUAACUUAUCUCCAUUCCAGGUGUUGGCAGAAAUCAAAAUCAGGCGAACUACAAAGUUUCUGUUAUCGGUGGAGGAGACUUGGGAAUGGCAUCAGUGAUGAGCAUUUUAUCAAAGGUUUGUGAAACACCUGGAAAGUCUUCAUAUCCAAAUUGAAUAAUUUAACAGCUCACAUAAAAAUGUCAAACAUAUUUAAAACUGUUUUUUCCUCUUCUUUAACUCUAGUGUCAAGUGAAUAAACUGGUUUUCAUUGACGUUGCUGAGAGCUCCACUAAGGGUGGCAGCACAGAUCUGGAGAUUUUCAGUCUGCCUAACGUGGAGGUAUCAAGAGGUAUGUCCCUCUCAGAGCGGGCUAACAUGAUGCACAAGUGCCUGUUUUUACAGAGGCCAGAUUAAAAGAUAUCAAAGACUUCAUCAUUAGCUAGCAGUUCCUGAAUUUUACCUGUUAGAGAACAACAGAGAACAGUUCACCCAUGUGAUGGAGUAAAAGAAAAUGGGCUCAAAGACAAGAAACAACAGCUCCAAGUUUAAGUCUAUAUUGCUCUCUUUCUCAGAUUAUUCAGCAUCUGCAGGCUCCAGGGUUGUCGUGGUGACUGCAAAUGCAUGGAGCAGCGAGCAGUCGUAUGUAAGCGUGGUUCAGACUAAUGUGGACUUGUACAGAGGAAUCAUCUCAAACGUAGCUCGCCUCAGCCCCAACGCAGUGAUGAUCAUCGCCUCACAGCCAGGUUAGUAUUGGAGAAAACUCUACUCAACUCUUCACAGAAAUGCUUGACUAAGAUCUUUAUUUAAGGCUAUCCACAAGAGUGUGUUAAGGCAGAAUUCACACUGAAACCAGAUGUGUCUCUAGAUUUUCUGAUGGAAGUAAAAACUCAAAGUUUAGUGUUAAUAUGUUUGGCCUCAUCAUGCAAAAUUACAGUUCUUGAGUUCAUAUUUCCCAAAAUGUAAUUAGUUAACAAGGUUGUUUGUAGAGAAUAUGCAAAAAAGAAAGAAAAAUAUACAAUAAUAUGAUUAAGUCUUUCCAUUAAUUAAAUAUUUUGUUUAAAGCGCCUUUGAGGAGUUUUUUUUUAUGUUUAUGAAAUAGGCUGAAACUUAUACUGACGUCUUUGAGACAUAUUAUGUGAAACAACAGACAAUUGAAUUUCCUUUUUUGAAUUUGAAUUUGAAUUUCUCUUUGGGGAUUAAUAGAGUUCUUAUUCUUAUUCUUAUUUUUAUGAUAUCCAAAAGCAAAUGAGAUCAUCAGGAUUUUGAUAUUGUAAUUUUUAAGGCCUGAAAUGAGUGAGGAGGUAGGGGGCAGCCCAACAGGUGAAGAACCAGCCCUGACUUUACAAUUUCUACGUAAAUAUUUACACUUAUAUGAAAAAUUUGAUUGUCAAAAGUCCACAGGAUGAGACUUUUUGUCAAAAGUUCUUCACAAAAGCUUUAAAUACCCCCAAAUGUGAGCAACUUUGUUUGUCAUUUUGUGUCAGGGUUAUUAAGUUUUGAUUAAAAUGUGUGAUAAAACAAAUGUAUUCACAUAGAGACUCUGUACUAUAUAAAAAGAAACAGAAUCUGCAAGUAUUAACCGGUAGAAAGCAAGAGAUUUUCUCAAACAGCUUGAGAUUUAAGACAAUCUGGUGCUUUUAACUCAAACUUUGAACAGUUUGAAAGUCUCUUCAUCUGUUUGUUUGUAGAGCAGCUGCUUCUUUAAGUUUGGUGAAGUAAAUGAUAAAAUUCCACCACGAAAAUCUCUGGGUUUAUCUCCAGAAGUAUUGUCAUUCUCCUUUUCUUCUGUUCCUGCUCUAGUGGAUAUUAUGACCCACGUGGCCUGGAGGCAGAGCGGCCUGCCUCCGACACAUGUGAUUGGAGCAGGUUGUAACCUGGACUCAAUGCGACUCAGCCACACUCUGGAUAUUAACCUGAACACUCACAAACCAGCCUGGGUCAUAGGAGAGCUAUCAGACAACAAAGGUGAGCCAGACUGGAUCAAUGAAAUAUUUACAGGAAGCUUUGUGCUGCAUAAACAAUCCCUGUGAGCGUACUCCACAGACUGCUCUCUCAUUCACAACAGCUGCUUACUUCCCGUUUUUUCUUUGCCUUUGUUGUAAUUUUUUGAUCUUUGUUUAAUUUGCAUUUCUGAGUCAGUCAUCCUGCUCUGCCUGCUGUUGUCAAACAUUCUUUCCAUCCUGUGCACUUGAUGAGGCUGUUUGUAAAUGACGCAUGAGUGAGCUUGCCAGUGUUUUUGUCCUUUAGUUCCUGUGAUGAGUAACUCCGGGUUGAGCGCUGGUGCACAGCCAGAGAUUGCAGUAGGAUCCAACUCAGUCAAGCCGUUAUUGGACAGGUAUAAUUAAGUUUGAGGGACUUCUUAUUUUACCCUCAGAACGUUGAAAGCUUUGAAUCACUUUCCACUUAUGUGUGUGUAGUGUUAAGAAGAACCUAUUUCACUGAUGGACUUUUAUCUUUGCUUGUAGAGCUUUUGAGAUGACAAAGAGCAAAGGCCAGCGUUCAUGGUCUGUGGGUCUGUCCAUUGCUGAUAUCACCAACAGUGUCUUAAAGGACAAAAAGAAGGCUCACUCUGUCUCCACUCUGGCUCAGGUAAAACCACCAAAUCGCUGUAAAAACACUAGCAUCACUCCUAACACCAACCCACUUUUUUACCUCUGCCAAGGAGGUUAUGUUUUUGGUAGCAUUGGUUUAUUUGUUUGUUUGUCUGUUAGCAACUUUAAGGAGAAAGUUACAGAUGGAUUGACCUGAAAUUUUCACCAGAGGUGCGUCUCAGCCCCACAAGGAUCCCAUUAAAUUUUGGUGGUGAUCCGGACAAAAUUCUGGAUACUGUGAUCCAGAACACACAAAAAUAAGGGUGUCGUUGGAAUUUUCAAUGCUGAAAGAUAACCAAUGGGCGGCACAGUGGUGUAGAUAGGCGGCACAGUGGUGUAGUGGUUAGCACUGUCACCUCACAACCAGAAGGUCCUGGGUUUGAAUCCGGGCCAGGGCAUUUCUUGUUUAAGGGGGGACAUGAGCUGCUUGGCGGAGGUCUGCGCUCUCUGAGUGCUUUUCUAGUUUUAUAUGUUGUCAUGUUUUUUCGCAGAAAUUUCCCUGCAGAGUGAAGUUGUGACUGUUUUUUUGUUGUUGUUUUUUUAACUUUAGGGCUGGGGCGGAAUAGGCUCAGAGGUCUUCCUCAGUCUGCCAUGCAUCAUGGGAGCAAGCGGCUCCACACGCUUGGCUGGCGUGUCUCUGGGACCGGAAGAAGACUCCAAACUGAGGGACAGUGUCUCUUCCCUUUCCAACCUCAUGAGUCAGCUCAAGAUAUGAAGGAUGGGAAUGUUCUCCCAGUUUGAAGCUUAACGUUCUCUGCAGAUAUGUGGAGUUGAAUGUACUUUUAGUCAGCUACCUACAUCAGAAGAUUUGUUGCUCUUGACAAUAUGUUUAAUUUAAUCCUAGCAUUUUUUUCUCAGUUGUUUUGGAAAAACUAACAUGGGGUAUGAAAAAUAUAGAGUACGAUGCUGGUUGCAUUUUCGUUUUCUGUAUUUUUGCAGGACUGAAAAGGCAACCAUCCUGUCUUGUGCAGAUUUUGAACUUACAUUUAUGCAGUUUCAUUUUUGAAGCUCUAACAUUCUUAAAAAAAAAAAUCCAAAGGUUUUUAAAAUCUACAUGAAGCUUUAUUUUUGUCAGCAACUUCUCAUGUUGAAUUAGGCUCUCACCAAAGAUGCACAAUAUAUUUUAUUUUUAUACUGACCCUAUCUUUACGUAGUUCCCUUGUAGAUAAUCUGGGUGUUUGUAGAUAAAGUAUGAUUCCUGUUUAUGAUAUACAGUACAGGCGACUGUUUUUGAAGCACUGAUGAAGUACAGCUUGUAUAUUGCCUUACUGCUGUUUCUGUAUUUAAUGAAAAUAUUAAGCAUUUUAAUUGCCUUUACAUUUAAAUCAUCUUUGUUUACUUUGAGUCGAAUAUUUUGCACUGCUUUAUUCUCAGUCUGUACAGUAACACUACACGGUUUAUGGGUGUGCAAUAAACUUCUAAAACCAAAUGUGUCUCUAUAGAAAAAAAAA